AUGGUAGACCCCGAGCGCGCCGCGGCGCCGCAGAGGCCGCCUCGGCCACCCUCAUGGUCAUCCAUCCCACACAAGGCCCAGCUCGCCAUAAUAUGCUCGGUGCGCAUCGCCGACUUCUUCCAACAAGCCUCGCUGCAAGCCUACAUGUACUACCAACUCAAGUCGUUCUCCCCGUCCUCCUCCGACGCCGACAUCUCGUUCCAGUCCGGUGUCCUCCUUGGCGUCUUUACCGCGGCCCAGAUCUUCACCGGCAUCAUUUGGGGUCGCGUCGCCGACAGUCCUGGCUGGGGCAGGAAGAGAGUGCUCAUGGUGGGCCUGGUGGGACAGGGCAUCAGCUGCCUGGGCGUGGCGUUCAGUGGCAGUUUCACCACUGCCGUUGUCUGGCGCGGGCUGGGAGGUGCGGUCAACGCGACGGUGGGAGGCGCGAGGACCGCGCUGAGUGAAGCGACCGAGAAGAGGUACCACAGCCGCACAUUCCUGAUACUGCCGCUGGCGUGGAAUGUGGCCAAUAUCUUCGGACCCAUGGUCGGUGGGGUGCUGAGCGACCCCGUGCUGAACUACCCUGGGUUGUUUGGCGCCGGAAGCGUGUUUGGAGGCGCCGACGGCGUGGGUUGGAUGACGAGUUGGCCAUACGCCGCACCGAACAUCUUCAGUGCGCUGGUCUGCUUCGCCGAUGCGGCGCUGAUCUUCCUUGGUCUAAGGGAAACGUUGGUAUCGAGAAAGAUGGUGAGGGAUCGAGGUUUGGAAAUGGCGGAGAGCCUGCGCUACCACCUAAGGAGAAUGUUCUUCAAGAGAUGGGGAUACCGUCAGCUGGACCAGCAGGAGGAGAUGCAACUGGGCACGCCCGAUGUCGAUGACGGCGAGGAAGCAACGAGUACGCCCCUCACACCUUUACCUCUCAAAGAAAUGGACGCACCGCCAUCUGUGCCCAUGCCGAAACCAUCGUUCUACGACACCCUCACCAAGAACGUCCUGUGCGUACUCCUCACGGUGGCAUUCAUGGAUUUCCAAAUGGGCGGCUUCACAUCCCUGUGGUCCGUCUUUCUGUCGUCCUCCCUCCGCACCAAGGAGGAGAAUCAAAAUAUCAGUCUACCAUUUCACUUCGCCGGCGGCAUCGGCAUGAGUCCAUCUACGGUCGGCGUGGCCAUGUCGACGCUCGGCUUCGUGGGCAUCAUCUUCCAACUCACGCUCUACCCGCGCGUCAACGCCCGUUUCGGACUGCUCAAGAGCACCAUGUGGUCGCUGGCGGUGUUCCCGUUACCGUACGCGAUCGCGCCAUACCUGUCGCUGGUGGUGCAUGAGCAGGUGCUGCUGUGGCUGGGCGUGUUCCUGGUGGCCGGGCUGCAGGUGGGUGCCAGGACAUUCGCCGUGCCGGGCUUGGUGCUGCUGACGAACAACGCGAGCCCGAGCCCGGCCGUGCUAGGGACGAUUCACGGUCUUGGAGCAGCGACGAGUAGCGCGGCGCGGACCAUCGGGCCUAUUGUUGCGGGACACUGGUAUAGUCAGGGUUUGGAGGGCGGUAGCGUGGGCAAAGCGUGGUGGCUGUUGAGCAUGGUGGCGCUGGCGGGAGUGGUGCCGAGUUACUGGGCGAGAGAUGGGCGGUAA